AUGCUGCAUUUCACCAUCCUAUCAUCACACUUGAAAUGGCGGCAUGUGCUCGAAAAUCUGCGUCACGUAGUCCUUGAUGAGGCGCACGUCUAUCGAGGAAGCUUCGGCUCUCACGCUGCGCUGCUCCUGCGCCGCUUUCGGAGAGUGCUGAAGCACUACAAGACCUCGCCCUUGUUCAUUGCCUGCUCAGCAACUAUGUGCAAUGCUGGAGCUUUUUUCACGAAGCUGCUAGCGCUUGAACCAGGGGAAGAGGUUUGCGUGGUGGAUGAAGACACCGCUGGCCGGGGCGACCGGCAGUUUUGCCUUUGGAACCCGCCCCUGUUGGAGGCCUUGCCAGGCCAGCCGAGCCGAGAAGAGCAAAACGCUCGGAAGCGAGCCCGCCACAGUGAGCGCGAAGGGCCGCAGGCUGCACCGCGCCUGCCUCCGGGUGUGGGUUACAAAACACGAUCAUCACCCUAUGAAGAAGCAGCUUGGCUGCUGGCGCAGGCAGCCCGAAGGGGCCAUCGGACGGUCUGCUUUUUGCAGGUUCGUGCAUUGGUGGAGAUCAUUCUCCAGGCUUCUCUCAAGCAUUUGGACGAUCGCCCAGAUUUGCAAGCUCGAAUCGCUGGCUAUCGUGGUGGCUACGCUGCUGUGGAGAGGAGGAAGCUGGAGCGCCGGCUCUUCACGGGUGAUUUGCUUUGUGUGAUUGCCACGAAUGCUUUGGAGCUUGGCAUCGAUAUCGGCGACCUGGACUUGACCCUGCAUGUGGGUAUUCCGCAUACAGUGGCGUCCAUUUGGCAGCAAGCUGGCCGUGCAGGGCGACGUGGACGCCCAUCAGCAGCGAUCCUCAUUGCCAUGGAUGCGCCAUUGGAACAACACUUCUGCAGAAAUCCUGAUGAGUUUUUUUUGAGGUCCAUUGAGGCGCGUGUGCCUGACACUUCCAACGAGCUUCUUCUCAAGGAGCAGUUGCUGAUUCAUGUCUUGCGUAAGCAUGCCCUAGCUCAGGCAGUGGCAGCUGUGACCCUGUAUGGUUUCGUUUCGAACUACAUCAACAUUCCCAUUUGCCAAUAUGUCUUUGGACCGUUGGGCGAGCCGGGGCGAGCAUCCAUCCAGCAGUGCAACAUCUCAGUCUCCCUGACACAGAUGCCAUGGAACUUCAAGAUUUUCUACGGUCUUCUCUUGGAUCGCUUGAGCUUGCUGGGUUCACGAAGGAAGGGCUGGAUCAUUUUUGGUUGGAGCUCUUCUCUUGCAAUCUUAACGUUCAUGGCCGGUUUUGCUCAAAAUCUUGCUGACGAGGGCAACUUUGCUACCUAUAUGAUGCUUUUGAUGGUCAUGUGUUUCUUCUACAUCUUCUCAGACGUGGCUGGGGAUGGCAUGACCAUUGAACUCAGCAAACUGGAAGCGCCGGAAACACGCGGCUACAUUUUGACUACAGGUCAGAUGGUUCGGUUUGCAGCUACAACUGUGACCAAUGUGUUGGGAAUCCUUGGGAUGAACGGACAUUAUUACUAUCCUCCGGACAAAAGGAAGGACAGCAAUGAUACCAUCUUCCCUUUCGAGCUGACCUUCUGGGAAGUUCACAUCGUUUUGGUGUGCCUCACCUUGCCACUCUUGAUCGUGAUGUCCCUACUGCUUCAGGAUCCACCGCAACAGGUUGUGACGACCCACAGCGCCAGUGAUGUGGUAAAGGUGAUGUGGAAGGUCAUGCAAACCAAAGUCAUGUUCUAUCUCAUCAUAUUUGCACUGGGCAAUAUGGCGAUUGCUAGCAUGCUGAAUCCUGCGCAGAACAUUAUUGCCUUCAUUGCUGCUCCAUCCACCUUGCAGAAUUCAGUGGGUACAUUUGCUGGGAAUGCAACGUUUCUCAUUGGUGUGUAUCUCUUCCGCAGGCACUUCAUGCAUCGGAACUGGCGCAUGACCUUCGUGUGGACUGCCGGCAUCCUAGCGCUGAACAACGGCUUCCAGCUGAUGGUCAUCUACAAUGCAUGGGGUGUUGGUCAAGAUGGGUGGUUCUAUGCCUUUGGCAGUAACAUCCUCAUGAUCAUUCAGGGAAUCGCUCAAGUUUUGUCAAGCUUGGCGGUUGUGGAGAUCUCGCCAGCGGGCUAUGAGGCAUCUGUGUACGAGUUCUUGACCAGUAUUCACAAUGCUGGGAUCACCCUGAACUCCAACCUGCAAAACUUGUUUGUGCCGAUCUUCGACUUGCACGGCAUUGCCCAGUCAUAUUUUCCGACCAAGACAAACCCGCACCCCCCGCAGCAGCUUUACAAUUCACACAUGGCCCAUGCUACAUACUUCACGAUGGCAGUGAAUUUGCUGGGAGCCUUGACCUUUUGCUGGUUUUUGCCUCAGCAGAAGGAGCAGUGCAAAGACUGGGCCGAGGACUCGAUUUGGAAACGACCAAGCGUUGGCACGGUGAAUCUACUGCUGGGAGGCGGUGUCUUGCUCUUUUCCGUGGUGGUGUCCCUCUUGAGUGCCUUUCCUGAAACCAAUUGCCUUCAAAUCGCAGGCGGUCCUGGUUGCUGA